UUCAGUAAUUACAGUGGGAAAACCUUGUUCAAAUGACUCCAGCGGUCCGGCACGGAGCCGUACCGCAGCUUAUCGGAGAUGGACUGGACACGGAUGGUGGAAGUCCCGGGUUAUACACGUCACUUCCUGUCUCUUAGUCACAUGACUACUGGAGCUGCAUAGGACAGCAAAACCAACAGAACGCACGGACUCUGCAAAACCUUCAAACAUGAACCUUUCAUCCCUGAACGGCUCUUCAUUCGUGACCGUGAACCAGCGGGACACCUUCACCACAGCUUUGACCAAGAAUGUGAUCAUCACAGCCCUCUGCAUCUCCAUCAACUACAUCAACGGGACUCUGAUACACACGUUCAGGAAGCACCAGAUAUUUUACUCUAACCCUCGUUACAUCCUGUUCAUCCACCUGGUGAUAAACGACAUGACACAGCUGAUCCUGAGUACUCUCCUCCACAUCAUCAGCUACGCUCUGUACACCAUCAACGUGUCCCUCUGCAUCAUCCUGCUCAUCCUCACCGUCCUCACCACUCUCAACACCCCGCUCAACCUGGCCAGCAUGGCGGUGGAGUGCUACAUCGCUGUCUGCAUCCCCCUCCGCUACAGACAGAUCUGCACCGUGAAGAAAACCUACAUCCUGAUCGGUCUGAUCUGGGUGGCUAGCUCCUUAGCCAUCCUGCCCGACCUCUUCAUCCUGCUGGCCACAGAGCAGCCGUACUUCUUUCUCUCCCGGCAGUUUUGUGCCCGUGAUUAUGUGUUCAGAAGCAUGUACAGUCUGAAGAAGAGAGACAUUUCUCACAUUGUUUGUCUCGCUGUGGUUUGGCUCACACUCUUCUACACUUACUUCAGGAUCCUGUUUGCUGCCAAAGGAGCAACUCUAGACAUCAAAAAAACACGAAACACAAUCCUCCUGCAUGGUUUUCAGUUACUGCUGUGCAUGCUCACGUACGUCAGACCCAUGUUUGAACAAAGUCUGCUCGCCAUGCUGCCGCAGCAGAUCCUAGAUGUGCGCUUUGCCUGCUAUGUCAUUGUGCAGAUCAUUCCACGCUUCGUCAGCCCUAUUGUGUACGGACUACGAGACCAGACUUUCAGGACGUACGUGAAGAGGAACCUGCUCUGUAAAGUGAGCAGCAGAAACAACCUAGUGUCUGUCGUCUCCAACGUGAGACUGACGACGAAGCUGCAGUGACAGUAUCUCAUUCUCCUCGUUCUGGUAAAAAACCUCUGUUAUAUAAUCCAACAUCUACAGAGCAGAGGAAGCCUUCAUCUGCACGACAACAUGCAUGAUCACCAUCUUUGUUUUUUACUGACAUUUUCAGAGAUACUCAAGAGACCACUGCACAGUUUCCUCUGUUCUCCUGGUCAUGGGUUUACACUGCAAAAACUUAAAAUGUAAGUUGUUGUCUUAUUUCCAAUAAAAAA